AUGAACUUAUCGAAAACAACAAUUAAAUUAUUCAGACAUUUCCAACGAUUAUUGCUCGGAUCAUUUCAAAAAGAUAAUUUACCGAUCAUUCUAUCAAUGAAUUUUCCGUUGUUCGUUCCAACAUAUGAAAUUGAUGGUCGCAUUUAUAGGCGUAAUAUUCAAAAAACACGAAGAAAUGAAUAUGAGGUAAAUUUUGGAACCAGUGAUACAGCUGAUUUAUACGGUGAAAGCGAUUCUUGUGGUUCAGCUGUGAAUGCGUCAAAUAGCUCUGAUGAGACCAGAACGAUGACUAGUGAAUCGAGUGAUCUCUUAACAACAGAUAUGACUGAUGAAACAGAUGAAGAUCAAUUAGAACAGAACGAAGAAUUUAUUGUAAAUUACAAUAAAAAAACAAAAAAGUGGACAGCCAAGAUUAAAAUCCCUGUUCUUCUACGGCGUUUUGUAAUUGGACCGAAAGGGUCUAUGAAAAGAAAAAUUGAAGAAGAGACAAGUUGUCGGUUGAAUUUUCCGACAAAGAAAAAAAAGAAACAUCCUGUUGAAAUUGUAUCAAUGACAUCAGAAGAAAGUGUGAUGCGUUGUCGUGAUCGAAUUCACUUAAUAAUUCAUGGAGCACGUGAUAGAGCCUCAUAUACACAUUUUAUCUCAAUUCCUAUGACGCACGAAACUAUUAAAGAUAAUUUUCUCAAAUUUAUGAAUACAGUUAAAAAUGAUGAGGAAUUAUCGGAUUCAUGUAGAGAAGAAACCGUUUUUCAAGAACCAAGAAAGUUACAUUUGACGAUAACAAUGUUGUCAUUGUUGGAUAUUAGCGAAGAAAAGUCUAUAUCAGAUUCAUUAGAAAAAAUAAUCAAUACGCGCGUGAGUGAAAUCUUGAAUGGUAAGCCAUUGGAAGUGGAAAUUAAAGGAUUGGAAAUCAUGAACGAUGAUCCAACUCGUGUUAAUGUAUUAUACGCAUUAACUUCAUCAGAUAAAUUAGCCAAUGUCGUUGAUACAAUAGCACAUGCAAUGAGUGAUACAGGUUUUGCUCCACAACAGGAUUCAGUAAAGAUACAUCUGACCCUUAUGAAUACCAGAUAUAUGUGGGAAAAAAAGAAGAAGAGAGGACGAAUGGAUGUGGCGAAGUUGUUGGAGAAAUAUCGAAAUUAUGAUUUUGGGAAAGUAACAGUAACUGAAGUCCAUAUAUCGAUUUUAAAUGGAUCAGCAGAUGAGCACGGAUACUACUCUUCGAUUGGAACAUUUAAAUUGAACGGAAUAAUUGAUGGUACAUAG